AUGACGGGAACUUCUUCAGAACAAAACGAAUUAACUGGCACGAUAGGCAAUGAUGAUUUUACAUCGAGAGAAUUUAGUUCUUGUCAUUGGCAUUUACAAGCACCCCAAGGAAAAUUAAUAGAAUUGGAAGUAGUCAGGCUAGGCUCUCAAACAAGUUGCCACGAAGCUUGUUUUUAUGGGAAUGUUGAGUUUAAAUUGCGUGAUGAUUUUACGAGGACGGGGAUAAGGUAAAGAAAUAAUUGCCUUAAAGGGAUUAAAGUUGGACCUCGUUAUAAGAAACACC